GGAAAGCCAUCAGAUCCCAACAGAUUAUUCCUCUUCCACCUCCUCAUAAGAACACACACAUAACCUUGCAUCCCGUACGUCUGUGCUCUUUACACAGUUCAUAUGGCUGGCCUUCCCUCGCCAUGGCUUCUGGCCUUGGCCACUCUGGUUUUAGCCUCUCUCCUUUAUCGCCUUCUCAGGCUCUUCAACCGCCCUUCUCUUCCUCUUCCUCCCGGUCCCAAGCCAUGGCCCAUCGUCGGAAACCUCCCUCACCUGGGCCCCGCCCCCCACCACUCUCUCGCCGACCUGGCGCGCACCUAUGGCCCUCUCAUGCACCUCCGUCUCGGUUUCGUUGACGUCGUCGUGGCGUCUUCCUCCUCCGUCGCCGAGCAGUUCUUGAAGGUUCACGACGUCAAUUUCUUGAGCCGACCGCCCACCUCCGGAGCUAAGUACAUGGCUUAUAAUUACCACGACCUCGUGUUCGCUCCCUACGGCGCACGGUGGCGCGCUCUCCGCAAAAUCUCCGCCGUUCAUCUGUUCUCCGGCAAGGCCUUGGACGACUUUAGAGAUCUCCGUCAGGAAGAGGCGUCCAGAUUGACACGUAGUCUGGCAAGAGCCGAGUCCCGCGCGGUGACCCUGGGACAACUGCUCAACGUGUGCACCACAAACGCCCUGGCCAGGCAAAUGAUUGGGCGGCGCGUGUUCAAUGACGGUGCGGAAGGAUGCGAUCCCCGGGCGGACGAGUUCAAGUCAAUGGUGGUGGAGAUGAUGGUGCUGGCCGGCGUUUUCAACAUCGGCGACUUCAUUCCGGCGUUGGAAUGGCUCGACCUUCAAGGAGUUCAAGCCAAGAUGAAGAAGCUCCACAAAAGAUUCGACGCCUUCCUCACAAACAUAAUCCAGGAACACCGGGGUUCUAAGAGCGACCACCACAAGGACAUGUUGAGCACUUUACUUUCCCUUAAGGAAGUCCCCGGCGACGAAGAAACCAAGCUCAACGACGUUGAGAUCAAAGCAUUGCUUCUGAACAUGUUUGCGGCGGGGACUGACACGUCAGCAAGCACCACGGAGUGGGCCCUAGCGGAGCUGAUCCGACACCCCGAAAUGUUGGCCCAAAUCCAGAAGGAAUUGGACUCUGUGGUUGGCGGGGACCGACUAGUGAGCGAAUUGGACUUGCCGAAUCUCCCAUGCUUGCAAGCAUUUGUGAAGGAAACCUUCCGUCUUCAUCCUUCGACCCCUCUUUCGCUUCCAAGAAUUGCGGCGGAGAGCUGUGAGAUCUUCGGAUACCACAUUCCCAAGGGAGCCACUCUGCUGAUGAAUGUGUGGGCCAUAGCUCGUGACCCGAAAGAGUGGUCCGACCCGUUGGUGUUCAAGCCCGAAAGGUUCCUGCCGGGUGGUGAGAAGGCGGGCGUGGAUGUUCGGGGCAAUGACUUCGAGGUGAUCCCGUUCGGAGCGGGGCGGAGGAUAUGCGCGGGCAUGAGCCUUGGGCUUCGGACGGUCCAGCUUCUGACGGCGACGUUGGCCCAUGCAUUUGAGUGGGAGCUGGCAGAUGGGCUUAGCCCACAAAAGCUGAACAUGGAGGAGGCGUACGGCAUAACACUGCAACGCAAGGUGCCCCUGUCCGUACACCCAAAGCCCAGGCUUGCUGCCCAUGUCUACUCGUCCUAAUUUCAAGUUUUACGAGAGUGUGAGAGAGUGAGCCCUACAUGUAAUUUCAUUCCUCAGCUUCAACUCAAGGCUUUCAAACGCGCGCCUCCCAGCAUGCUUGCCGUUUUUUCAGAUGUUCAAUUAGGUUGUAGAAAUAAAUUAAGUUAAUUAUUAAGAGAUGUAUCAGAAUAAUGACGAGUAUAUAUUUCUUUGAUGAACUUUAUGGUUUACUUGCUUAUGCAUUUAUUUUUGUGAUGAAUUUGAUGUAUAUCUAAAGAUUUUCCAUUGAUCUUCUUUGUUUACCACUUUGAUGUGAUCUUCUUAA